CGCUCAGGAGCUCACGUAUCGAUUACACUGGUCUGACUGACACCGAGCCCGAGCAAAACAAGCGCAGGAAAUGAAGGUUGUGACAGAAACCUGAUGUUGCAUUCGUGAAAUUGUGAGAAGCAAGAAGCCUUUCUCCUCCUCCUCCUCCUCCUCCUCCUCCUCUUCAUCACGCUUGACGGUGUCACACUGUAUCUGGACAACCCUGGUUUCAUUCAGUGAGGAGGCGACUGAGUCGUGGACUGUUUUUAUGGCACUUUGUUGAAGAGAUUGAGCGAGCGAGGAGAGCAGAAAGAGCGAAUCGCAGUCGCUGAGUGUUGCCGUGGCUUAUGGCGGCAGGGCAGGAUUGAAACGCAUCGGCUCACUCUCAGUUCUGUUGUUGAUCGCUCUUCUGUCCGGUCAGAGAUGGGCAUCCUGGGGUGCAGCGUGCUCGUGUUUGCGCUCUUCUUUCAGUGCCAUAGCCACAGUGUCCAAAACCCCAUGUUCAGGUUCAAGAGGUUUCAGGACAAUGCCUGGUCAGAUCCCAAUGACUGCUCAAGGACCAGACAUCCAUUUGUCCUGUCCAAUCCUUACAACUUUUCCCUCGAUAUUCGCAUACCAGGGGUGAUUCCAACAGAGUCUGACAGCUACUACUGUAUGGCUGUUCCUGUCCCCACGUCACAGGAGGCCUACAUAGUGGACUUUGUUCCCCAUGCCACUAUGGACACAGCCCACCACAUGAUUUUAUAUGGCUGCAAAACCCCUUAUGCCACCCAGGGAUAUUGGGAUUGUGGGAAAGAGCUGGGGACGUGUCGGGAUCAGGCCAAGAUCAUGUAUGCCUGGGCCAGGAAUGCUCCUCCAACCAAACUACCCAAAGAUGUUGGCUUUAAAGUUGGAGGAGACACCAGAAUUAACUACUUUGUGCUGCAAAUUCACUAUGGUGAUGUCAAAAAUUUCAGAGAUCAUCAUAGAGACUGCUCAGGACUCACUUUAAGAAUGACUUCCAAACGACAGCCCUUUAUUGCUGGCAUGUAUCUGAUGAUGUCUGUGGACACCGUCAUUCCUCCUGGGAAGAAAGUUACCAAUGCAGACAUUGCUUGCACUUACACAUCCUCCCCAAUGUAUCCAUUUGCCUUCAGGACACACACACACAGCCUCGGUAAAGUUGUGAGUGGGUACAGGGUUCGAAAUGGACAGUGGACUCAGAUUGGACGCCAGUCUCCACUGCUGCCACAGGCUUUUUAUCCAGUCACCAACACCAUCGAUGUAAGAAAUGGAGACAUACUGGCAGCCCGUUGUGUGUUCACAGGAGAAGGAAGAACCGCUGUUACCCAAAUCGGAGGCACCUCCAAUGAUGAGAUGUGUAACUUCUACAUCAUGUACUACAUGGACAACACCCGUGCUGUGCCUUACAUGAACUGUGGAGAUGACGGCAGUAGUGAGCUGUUCCGAAACAUCCCUUCUGAGGCCAAUAUUCUCAUCCCGGUCAGUCCGGACCAUAUGAUGUCCAUGAAGCAUGAGUCAGCUCCUCAUAAAGAUGCUGUGGAGCUGCAGGAGCCCAAGAGAGAAGAGGAAGUUCUGGAUCAGGGUGACCUCUAUUCCCUUCUCUCUAAACUGCUGGGGGAGAGGGAGGACGCUGUCCACAUGCAUAAGUACAGCCCCGCAGAGGCGGCCCGAACCCAGACACGUCUGAUGGCAGAGAUUGAUAGCAUAAUGCAAAAAAAAGCCCUGGGCUGGCCACGUUUAGGCUACAAAACAAAAGAGGAUGCAAUUCUGGCGAGGGACAGAGUGCACAAGUUUCACCAGUUAGAGUCCACUGUCGGCCCCUCAAGGAGCAGGACUGUACCCGCCAGACAGCCGACCACAGGGGAGGCUCAGAGGGACCAACCAGGUGGGUUUCGGCCUCGUUUUUUUACCCCAACAAAAAGCAAGGACAUAAAUGUUUCAAGUAUCUCUAUCAAGUGCUGUGUGGAUGUUGAGCUUUCAACACAUAGGCCACAGUGUCAACUGAGACAUGAGUUUGUCUACCACAUAUCCAUUUGUUUUCCAUUUGAAGCCUGUUUCCACCCAUCUCACUGCUGUCAUUUAUACUUUGGGUUGCAGAGAGUGUUUAAUAGAUUUCAAGAUGCAUCAAAAGCUUUCGUCCUUACGUAUGUGUUAACCUGUGAUGUGUGUGUGUGUGUGUGUGUGUGUGUGCUGGGACAGGUGUCUGGUCUGGCUCUCAACUCUAAUGGUGACCUGAUCAUCUUCCACAGAGGAGAUCACAUAUGGGGAAUUAACUCCUUUAAUUUCAAUGGCAUCUACCAGCAGAAGGAUCUGGGUCCAAUCCAGCAGUCCACAAUCAUGGUAGUGGAUCCAGUCAAAGGAAAAGUGCUCAAAGCCUCAGGAAGAAAUAUGUUCUAUAUGCCGCAUGGAAUAACUACCGACAAGGACGAUAAUUACUGGGUGACCGAUGUGGCACUUCAUCAGGUAUUCAAACUGAGCAGCGACGGUAAAGAUCGGCAGCUUCUGGUUUUGGGAGAAGCCUUUGAACCAGGAAGUGACAAGAAACACUUCUGCCAGCCUACAGAUGUGGCUGUGGACCCUGUUACUGGAAACGUCUAUGUCUCAGAUGGCUACUGCAACUCCAGGAUCCUCAAAUUCUCACCAGAGGGCAAAUAUAUCUCGCACUGGGGAGCAGGCUCCUCGGACAGAAAACGGCGAGCUUCAUUCUUGAUCCCGCACAGUCUGACCUUCCUGCCCGAUAAACAGGAGCUGUGUGUGGCUGAUCGAGACCAUGGACGCAUUCAGUGCUUCAUGGCAGAUACCGGCGAGUUUGUGAAGGAGAUCAAAAAAGAGCAGUUUGGAGGAGAAGUGUUCGCCAUCGCAUACUCGCCUGUCCAAGGUGGUCUCAUCUAUGCGGUGAAUGGAGUGCCUCCAGAUGGGCAGGUCGCCCCCCUUCAAGGCUUUGUUAUCAGUUAUUCAAGCAAGGAGAUCCUGGAUUCCUUCAGUCCAGACGCACAGGAAUUUAAAAUGCCACACGACAUUGUUGUUACAGCAGACGGGAGCGUCUUUGUUGGAGACGCAGCAUCAGAUUCUGUAAUGAAGUUCGUUCAGUCUGCAAAGGCAGAACAUCGCUCGGUUAAAAAAGGAGGAAUCGAGGUCCAAGAAAUUGAAGAAACAGAAACGUUUGUGCAGGCCAAUCUGAAGCCGUUACCCAAGUUUCCAGCGCAGAAUCCAGUAGCCGGCGUGCAGAAGAUGCAGGAGCCGUCACAGAAGCAGCAUCAGCAGCCGCUGGCAGCUCCUGAGGAGAAGGAGACGAGCAAGACUGCAGCCAAUCAGAGCGCUCGGGGCGCGUCGACCGCCAUCAUCACCACUCUACUGCUCGUCCCAUUGGUGCUCGUCAUCGCCAUCGGUGCCUUUAUCCGCUGGAAGAGGGGCCGGAUGUACAGUGAUGAUUGUCAGGUGAAGUUGGAGCCUUCAGGAUCAGCAGGAGGAAUCCUGGGUAAAAUCAGAGGCAAAGCUGCAGGAAGCUUGAACCUGGGGAAUUUCUUUGCCUCCCACAAAGGCUACACCCGACACGGCUUCGACAGGCUCAGCACCGAGGGAAGCGACCUGGAGAAAGACGACGAGGACGGCACCGACUCCGAGAACGAGGAGUACUCUGCGCCGCCGGCCCCGAUGUCCUCGUCCUAAAGAGCCAACGCUUUCUGCUAGCGCUGUCGGGAUCUACUUUAAUCGCCUCUGUAUUUGUUUGUAUCAGCUGCUGAAACAUUUUAUCUCGUGUGAAAAUGUUGAAACCUACGACUGCCACUUUAAUUGAAGCUUUUAAGGGACCACGUGGAGAUUCAGAGCACUGGUCAUUUUGAGGAUAAAGACAGUUGAUUAUUAUUUUUAACAGGAGCAUUAAAGUAGAUUAUUUAUUUAGUUUUAAUGAUGAACAGCUAGUCAAUCUCUUCCAAUAAUUUAUCAGUCUGAUAGCAGUGCAAUUAAUAUAUAAUUGAUCCAGGCAUUUUGUGUCAUAACAUUUCUGUAUGUUUGUGCCUUUAUGUAUUUCGCCUUCUGCAGCACCUAUAUAUUACUACAGAUGUGCCACAUAUUUAAGAGCUGCUACUGUCACCUGUGAUUAGAGUUGUUUUUUGCAGCUGAUUUGAAAAAAAAAGAAAAGAUGAUUACAAAUUUAAGGCUGUAUUUACUACAUUUUCAAAGCUAAUGUGAGAUGUGUCUGAUAUUUGUUGUGAUACUGAGGUUUUAUUGCAAGAAAACUAUUUUCAGUAACAAUGUUAUUUGUGUAAUAAAGUGUCUGCAAAGCAUCAGCUCUUU